AUGGCAUCGAAUACAGUCUCAGAACCCGAUAAAUUACCACAUUUUUUAUUUCAAACAAAACGAAAUGCGAUCACAGAUGAUUAUGAAGUUAGAACUGAAAAAUUGGGUGCCGGUAUUAAUGGGCCCGUUUAUGCCUGUUUUGAUCGUCAAACAGGACAAAAAUGUGCUCUUAAAAUUAUUAAAGAUUCCGCUAAAGCUCGACGAGAAGUUAAUUUACAUAAAAAAGCCAGUGAAUGUCCAUACAUUGUUCAUGUAAUUGAAAUUUACGAAAAUAAACAUUCAAAACAACGAUGUUUACUCAUCGUUAUGGAAUAUAUGGCCGGUGGAGAAUUAUUUAAUCGAAUAAAACGGAUAGGUGUUGAAGGCUCAUUUACUGAACGUCAAGCUGCUAGUAUCGUACAUUCAAUAUGUAAAGCUGUACAAUAUUUGCAUUCACUAAACAUAGCACACCGUGAUUUGAAACCAGAAAACUUAUUGUUUACAUCCAAUGACGAAGGUGCUGCUUUGAAACUGACAGAUUUUGGUUUUGCUAAAGAAUGUUCAGAUUCAGUAAAAACGCUACAUUCACCCUGUUAUACAUCGUAUUACGUCGCACCAGAAGUAUUAUCCAAACAAAGCUAUGAUAAGUCUUGUGAUAUAUGGGGAUUAGGUGUGAUUACCUACAUCGUUUUAUGUGGUUAUCCACCAUUUUAUUCUCUGCAUAAUGCACCCAUAAAUGGACCCAUGAGUCCUGAAAUGAAAAGAAAAAUUCGUGCCGGUGAAUAUAGAUUUCCAGAUAGUGAUUGGAAUACAGUAUCACGUGAGGCAAAAGAUCUCAUUCGAGCAAUGCUCACAGUCGAACCAGAAAGCAGACCAACUAUUGAAGAGGUAUUACAAAGUACAUGGUUAUCAAAAUUCGCUGAAAAAGUUCCAAAUACAUCACUGAAUACACCAGCUGUAUUAGUCGAACAAUCAGAACAAUGGACCGAUGUUGGCGCGGCCAUUCGUGAAACAAACGCUUACAAUCGAAUGCUUAGUGUAGAAAGUGAAGUACAAGAAAUUUCACUUGAUAAUAAUUUGCUAUUUAGACGAAGGCAAAAACGUCAAAACACAGCCACAUGA